CGGCGCGAACAGAACCGAAAAGCUCAACAAAGAUUCCGUGACCGGCGAAAAGCAGCAGAUGGUGAACAAGAAAAUCGGAUAAAGCAACUCGAAAAUGCACUUCAUGAAACGUUGUCUCUAUACAUUAGCUUGUCUGACAAGGUCGUCAGCAUCGACGGCUUUUCCACACAACAUCCCCUUGUGCUGAGUGAUCUUCAGCGUUCCAUGGCACGAAUCUUGGAGAUUGCCAAAACAUUGGAUCAUCAUCAAGAAGUUUCUACGAAGCCACCUGAUGUGGCAGACGGAAAGAAGCGGCGCAUUUCAGUCCCUGAUGUUGCCUCUAUAGAGCCAUCAUCAUCACGUUCCAACAAUAGACAAUCAGGUCCAUUUCGGUCCCAGCCUACAUAUCAACCAGCAUCGGUACAGUGUCAGCAGCUCAUGAGGAAUCUGAACUCAUUUGCGUCUAAAUUAGUCGAGGCCACUUUAUCUCGAGCGUAUUUUGUGCUCUUUCAUUCGGGGUCCGCACCUUCUGAAGACGUCCAUCGUACUUUUGGAUCAACGCUCCGGACGCGGACUCGCGAACAAAUAUUACUCGAUUUGAGAUGGUUCCUGGGCCCUGGAAAAAAGGCUUUACCACACGCGUCAGGAUAUCUCUGGAAACAUACAAGUCAAAAUGAUGCCCCUCUGCGCUGGGCAAGUUACUCGCCACUCGAUGACGUUUGCUUCGAGGUUGAUUACGAUGCUGAUAUCGAUCAUCAGCCCUCUGUCCGUCAGCCUAAGCUGCUCACUGUGCUAGGGGUUCUGCAAGAACUUGCGCAUCUUGGAGCGAGAGUCAUUGACAACGACACUCUCGAGAUUAUCUUGGACGAACAGCGUUCCUUGGACCCCAUGAAAGCACGAAAUACAUGUACAGUUGAGAGUGGCAUCGAGGAUCAAACAGUUCCAAUGCCAAAUAAUAACUGCUUCAGCGAGGCCUCAAAAGAGCUGCUGAAACUGAAGCUAAGUGUACCGCAGUUGACUGUGAACUUGGCCCUCGCUGGAACAUGCGCCAAAACUGGGCCUGUCUAUUCUAGCAAUGAGGUAGCCAAGGCUGUGGAAGCAGCAAUCAUCAUGGUUACCAGCGGUUAA